CACUCACUCACUCACUCACUGGAAAGUCGAUCAGCUUCUUCCCAGCUCUCUCUCGAGCUCUAGAGCUCUGCAAUCAAAGCAAUGCACUCCGCAUUCUGAUCAAAUCUUAGCCCUCCAUUGUUAGCCUUGAUGUAAAUCUCAGCUCCCUCACUCUCCCCUGUCCGAUUCGCCCCUUUGGAUCUCUGCAAGUGCUUAGUAAUGGAAGCGACUUUUUAUUAAGGAAUGCUUUGGUGCUUGCUGUGAUGUUGAAGCUACUUUGCCUUAUUUCUUCCACUCAGCUACUACUCACUCACUCGCUUGCUAAUCAAAAUCUCACUUUUUUAAGACUCUAAUUACUUGUGCAAUCUCAUCUUACUUACCACAACUUGAUCUUGUGGAGUAGUGAAGUUGGAUACUUGAAUGGUAAAAAUGGUGGCCAUGGAGUUUGGGUGCGCAGUUGCUGUACUGUUUUCCCUUUUAAUUAUUGGCAAAGCUGAUGUUUACAUCGUGACGAUUGAAGGAGAGCCUAUUAUAAGUUACCAAGGUGGUGUUGAUGGAUUUGAAGCCACUGCAGUGGAAUCUGAUGAAAAGAUUGACACAACUAGUGAAUCAGUCACAUCAUAUGCCCAACACUUGGAGAGUAAACACGAUAUGCUUCUUGGCAUGUUGUUUGAGGAAGGGAGCUACCAAAAACUCUACAGCUAUCAACAUCUUAUUAAUGGAUUUGCUGUCCACAUUUCUCAUGAACAGGCAGAAAGAUUGAUGCGUGCUCCUGGUGUGAAAUCAGUGGAGAGAGAUUGGAAGGUGAGGAGACUUACAACCCACACCCCACAGUUUUUAGGGCUCCCAACCGGAGUAUGGCCGACAGGAGGUGGCUCCGAUAGGGCUGGAGAAGAUAUUGUGAUAGGGUUUGUGGACUCAGGGAUUUAUCCGCACCAUCCAAGCUUUGCGAACCACAAUACCGAUCCUUAUGGGCCUGUUCCAAAGUAUAGAGGUAAAUGUGAAGUUGAUCCAGACACCAAGAGGAGCUUCUGUAAUGGGAAGAUUAUUGGAGCUCACCAUUUUGCCAAAGCUGCAAUAGCAGCUGGAGUAUUUAAUCCUUCUAUUGAUUUUGCCUCUCCUAUGGACGGUGAUGGACAUGGAAGUCACACUGCAGCUAUUGCAGCUGGUAAUAAUGGAAUUCCAGUGAGAAUGCAUGGUCAUGAAUUUGGGAAAGCAAGUGGGAUGGCUCCCCGUGCCAGAAUUGCUGUAUAUAAAGCCCUUUACAGGCUUUUUGGAGGGUUUGUAGCAGAUGUAGUAGCCGCAAUUGAUCAGGCUGUGUAUGAUGGAGUGGAUAUACUGAGCCUUUCUGUGGGGCCAAACAGUCCUCCAGCUACCACGAAGACCACUUAUUUGAAUCCUUUUGAUGCCACACUUCUUUCAGCUGUGAAAGCAGGUGUGUUUGUUGCACAAGCAGCUGGAAAUGGAGGACCUUUUCCAAAAACUUUGGUUUCUUAUAGUCCUUGGAUAGCUUCUGUUGCUGCCGCCAUUGAUGAUCGCAGAUACAAAAACCACCUAACACUUGGAAAUGGAAAAAUAUUAGCUGGACUUGGGUUGUCACCAUCGACACAUCCAAAUCAAACAUACACGCUGGUUGCUGCAAAUGAUGUGCUUCUUGAUUCUUCUGUAGUGAAGUAUAGCUCCUCAGACUGCCAGAAACCAGAAGUUUUAAACAAGAACUUGGUUCAGGGGAAUAUUCUUCUUUGUGGCUAUUCAUUUAAUUUCGUUGUUGGUACUGCAUCAAUCAAGAAAGUGUCCGAAACAGCCAAAAGUCUUGGUGCAAUCGGUUUUGUUCUUGCGGUGGAAAAUGUUUCCCCGGGGACAAAAUUUGAUCCUGUUCCUGUAGGCGUUCCUGGGAUUCUAAUCACUGAUGUUGAAAAGUCAAUGGAUCUUAUAGAUUAUUACAACAUCUCAACUGUUAGGGAUUGGACUGGUCGUGUGAAGAGCUUCAAAGGUAUAGGUAGCAUUGGGAAUGGUUUGAUGCCUAUACUCCACAAGUCUGCACCACAGGUGGCACUAUUCUCUGCUAGAGGACCCAACAUCAAAGAUUUCAGCUUCCAAGAAGCAGAUCUUCUCAAACCGGAUAUUCUAGCUCCUGGUUCUCUGAUUUGGGCUGCUUGGUCUCCAAAUGGAACAGAUGAACCAAAUUAUGUUGGGGAGGGAUUUGCCAUGAUUUCUGGAACAAGUAUGGCUGCACCACAUAUAGCGGGAAUAGCUGCUCUUGUAAAGCAGAAGCACCCUCAUUGGAGCCCUGCUGCCAUCAAAUCAGCUUUGAUGACAACAUCAACAACUAUCGACAGGGCUGGAAAACCUCUUCAAGCACAACAAUAUUCUGAAACACAAACCAUUAAGUUUGUCAGUGCCACCCCUUUUGAUUAUGGGAGUGGCCAUGUUGAUCCAAAAGCUGCUCUGGAUCCUGGACUAAUCUUUGAUGCGGGCUAUCAGGAUUACUUGGGUUUCUUGUGUACAACAGCUGGUAUUAAUUCUAAUGAGAUAAAGAACUACACAAACUCCCCCUGCAACUACACUAUGGGCCACCCGUCAAAUUUCAACUCUCCGUCAAUCACAGUAGCUCAUCUUGUGAAAAGUCAAACAGUUACACGCAUGGUCACAAAUGUUGCUGAAGAAGAAACCUAUGUGAUCACAACCAGAAUGGCUCCAGCCAUUGCCAUUGAAGCCAGCCCUCGGGCAAUGACUCUGAGACCUGGUGCAUCACGAAAGUUCUCAGUGACUCUGACAGUUCGGUCCAUCACUGGAGCCUACAGUUUCGGAGAGGUGAUAAUGAAAGGUAGCCGGGGGCACAAAGUGAGGAUCCCAGUAGUAGCUAUGGGUUACCAACGGUAGUUUUGGUUGGUAAAUUAAAAAUUUUAGCCGUUAUCAUUGUAAUAUUCUUUGAAACCUGUAGGAAUAAGGUGUGAGGCUAGAUGUAUGUGUCUGAAAUAUGUAUGUACGUGGAGUAGCUGUAAAGAGAACUGGUAAGAGGGGAGACUUUGUUCUUCCACUUAUAAGUUUUGCUAAAUUGGUUUGGUACAAGUUUUGCUCCUUGCAUUUCGUUUGAGGAUGGUUAUUCGAACUUAAUUUGUUUAAGGGGAAUGCUAGCUACCUUUCGAGCA